AUGUCAGCCAAAAAAUCAGCCGCAUUGAACACUGGCUACCCGAUAUUUGGCAUCAAAUUUAUCGAUAACAAGACCGUUUUGGCCGUGGGUGGCGGUGGCGAAGGCAAUAAUGGCAUUCCUAAUAAGAUCACCGCUGUGAAGUGCAGUUUGAAAGUUAAAGACAAGGAGAGAAGAUUACAGAAAUAUAGGGAGAUCACAUUACCGUCCAAUGAAGACUCUCCUAUGUGUGUGGACGCUGCUGGGGUUGUGGGUGACGAUGGUAACAAGAACUCUAUCUUUGUUGGUUGCAACCAGUCGUCUGCAUUGAUCAAGAACAUGAACGUGAAUAAUAACUUGAGGAAGUAUGGUUUUACCGAUGAGGAGCACUUGAAGUUUUUGGACGCUGUACAGUUUGAUAACACGGUUCUGGCCGAGUCAGCGGGCGAGUAUCCUAAAAUCAUCAGCUUGUCUCGUGAAAGCGAGGUGGGUGCUCUAAUGACAUCGCAGACGCCGUCUGAAGUGUACAUUUUCAGACCUGAAAACCUUGAGUUGGUGGCCAAGACCAAGGCUUCUACUUCUGGGGAGAUCAAGGACCUACAGGUGAGCCAACACGAUGGUGGUAAGUCUGUGUGUCUCGUGACUACUUCCACUGUCGAAGUUAUAAACACUCAGAAUGGUGUUACUGAAACGGUUUCUUCUGGCAAUGGUGACAACAAAUCGCUUAAAAUAUUGGCCAAGUACAACUUGUCGAAAUUGCGUUUUGUUUCGGACUCUAAUGUCGUGAUCGUUGGUGCAUUGAAAUCCGGCAAAGGCAUUGGCAUAAUAUUAUAUGACGUUGUGAACCACAAGGUGGUCAAGGAGUCCAAAUUCACGAAAAAGAGUGGUUUGAUAGUGGCAAUGGACGUCUCACAGACUCAGAAUCUCAUUGCGGUAGCAGGAAAUGACCUUUACGUCCAUAUCCUUAGAUUGUCCGAUCUCAAACUCAUCUCCAGCAUUCCAAAAUUGCAUAAGUUCGCUAUUACCAGUUUGAGCUUUUCGCCUAGCGGCACGAAAUUGGCCUCCGGAAGUGCAGACCAAACCUUGAAUGUCAUGCCUAUUCCUCCUAACUACGCAUCUGGCACUUCUAUCUUUGGCUUCAUCUUCAAGCUCUUGAUGUUCUUCUUCGUCAUUGGAGCGGGAAUUUUUGUUCAACAAGCUCUUCAAGCUGGCCAGCUUGAUCAAUAUAUCGACUUGCUUGAACAACAUGUUGGUCCUCUCGAUCAUUAUGUGGACCUUUCCAAGAGACACGGGGGUGAGCUCUACAAUAAAGCACAAGUAUACGGCAAGGUUGCCGUUGACUUAUCACAGAAAUAUGGCAGUGUUUACUAUGAGAAAGCACAAGUCUAUGGCAAAAUUGGAUACGAGGUACUCAAAGAGAAGUCGGCGUAUGGCCUUGAUCUCAUUAAGGAAAAGUUAAAUCAGGACAAACUCGAUGAUCAGGAAGACACUAAACAGUUUUUUACUAUGACUGACUGGGCCGAUAAGCCAGAGGUGCAAACUGAAACGGAAACCACAGCACAAAAGCCCGAUGAUACCCUUAAUGAUUUUGUGUCUGAAGUGACCAAAGCAGUCGAUGACCUCACUUACGCCGAAGGUGAGAUUGAUACCGAGUCUAUAAUCCGUGAAGCCGUCAAACUUGAUACUAACACCUUGAACGAGCCUGUAUCAAGUCUGGCCGAUGUUUCCCAUGCCGAAGAAUUGAAGAAAGAAGUAUCGAGUGAAGCUCCCCAAGCUACUCCUGAAGCUGCUUCUACUAGUCAAGAGCCGGUAGCUGAACCAGUCGUGCCACGGGAAGAACAGGCCGAGGAGACUCCCGAAGCUGUCCAAGAGCCUGAAUCAGCUUUAACUGAAGAAUCUAGCAUUCAGACACCUGCUGCUGAAACUCCAAUCCUGGAAACCCCUCCUAUUGAAGAAUCCAUUGAACCCUCCGAAGCCUCAUCAGAAGAACCAGAGUCUUUCGCAGGAACUGUCUUGGAGGAUGUUGGCGAGGUAGAAGAGCCAACUGAUGUUCCAGUUGAUGGCGAGGCAGAAGACUUGCCCACCCCAGAAAGUGCCGAGUUUGAGAAGGUGGAUCCUGAAGUUGUCAUUGAGGAAGAAGUCACACCUGAAGCAUCUGUUGUGGAGCAAUCGGAGCAACAAGCUGAUGGCUCUAUCGUCGACAGUGAAGCUGGCCCUGAGCCAACAGAGCCUGAAAUUCAACAACCUGAGGUUGCUCUCGAGACCGGGUCUGCCGAAGAAUCAUCCAUCGGUAGCGAAACUGAAACAGUUAUUCCUGAGGCCAGCGUUCAGGAAGAAGAUAUUGUGGAAGAAUCCACUGAUUCAGUGAACGGUGAAGUCAAUUCUGAGACGGCUGAAUCCAGUCAAGUUGCCUCUGAAACUGACAGUGUUGUUCCAGUGUCUUCUGAAGUCGUCGUCCUGGAGCCAAUUGAAGAACCUAUUGCCGAAUCUGAGGUCAAUAGUGUCCCUGAGGAAACAGAAGAAUUGUCAUCAUCCUUGGAGGAAACAGAACAAACUCCUGAGCCAUCUUCUGAAUCUGACGACAUUUUGAAGUCCAUCGAGACUCCUGUAAGCUCCGUCAUAGAAAAGGUUGAGGAGUCUGUUGUUGAGCCUGUCGUUGAAAACGUCGUUAAGCCCGUUACUGAAGCUGCUGGCGAGUCUUUUGACUCUGUGACUGAAGCUGCUAGUGAGUCUAUCAAUUCUAUUACCGAGGCUGUUAGUGAGUCUAUUGAGUCUGCUACUGAAGCUGCUAGCCAGCCUAUUGAUUCUGUUGUUGAACCUGUUGUUGAAUCAGUCGAGUCUGCUGCUGAGCCUGUUAUUGAAUCAGUAGCUGAACCAGUUGUCGAAUCCGUUGUCGAGCCGGUUGUUGAAUCAGUUGUUGAAUCAGUUGUUGAACCAGUCAUCGAGCCUACUACGGAGUCUGCUGCCGAGCCUAUCAAGUCUGCCGAGGAGCCUGUCGAGGAGCCUGUCAAAGCUGCCGAAGAACCGGUACAGGUUUCUGAUGAACCUGCCAGCGAACCUGUUCAGCCUGUGAAAUCCGUAAAGGAGGCCGCAGAAGCUGUUAAGGACAAGGCAACUGAGGUUAUUGACAAGGCACAAAGGAAAGAAUCUGUUACUACUUCUACUGUGGCUCCUAUUGAAACCCCAGAGACCCCAGCCGCCGAAACGGUCACCCCACUGGAAAGCGAGGACAUUGUCUCUUCCGCUUCAUCGGUGAUCGAGAAGGCGUCUGAAUCAGCUGUUGAAUCCAGUGACGAAACUGCCUCCACUGCUACCCCACAAACAGUUCAGAGCAGCGAAUCUGCCAAAGCUUCACCAGAAGAAAAUACCCCAGUGUCCGCUGCGUCUUCUGCACCAGCUGCCUCAUCGAGUGUAGCAGCAGACAAGGACGUACCACCACCAGUUGAAGAAGUUUCUUCCGAUUCUUCCGCCACUACCAUUGCAUCCACCGAGGUGCUCAGUGAGGUCUUAUCCAAACUCUCAUCCGAGGUUAGCAGCAUCGAUUCAUCUGCUACCAAAGCAGCCAACCCCCAUGAUGAGCUCUAA